UGGUGAAGUAUUUGGUGGUUGUCCAAUAAUUAACCAGCUGACGGAUAAGGCAGGAAAUGUGGAGAGAUAUAGGGAGUAAGGAGGAAACAAAAACGACACACAUAGUAGAGAGAAGUACAAUCAGCAAAGAAAGAGGACGUUGACUCAGCAGAAGCACUAAGAAGAGAAAAAGAGGAAGAGGAAAGCUCUGACACUCCAUGUGUGUCAGUGAAUGCUUCAUUUGUGUCUCUCCUGCUUUCAUGUACUCCACAGACGACUCUCAGGUGGCCCGGACCAUUGAGCUGAAUGAUGGCACUCGAAUGCCAGUUUUGGGUUUGGGGACAUGGAAGUCCCACCAUCUUCCCCGCUCUUCAGUUCAAGGUGCAGUUGAAGCCGCCAUUGCUGCCGGGUACCGCCACAUAGACACGGCUUACGCCUAUGGCAACGAGAUUGAAAUUGGCAAGGCUCUGUGUGCCAAGAUACAGCAGGGCAUCAUCAAACGAGAGGACAUGUUCAUCGUAAGUAAGCUGUGGCAUACUCAUUUUGCCCCAGAGGACAUCCCAUUAUGCUUAAACAAGUCUCUGAAAGACCUCCAGCUGGACUACCUGGACCUUUACCUCAUACAUUUCCCUGUCGGCUUUAAGAAAGUGGGCGAUGAGCUUUUCCCUAAGAAGGACGGACAAAUUCUGACCUCUGAUGUCGACUAUGUAGAUGUCUGGAGGGGGAUGGAAGCCCUGCAGGCCUCUGGGAAAGUGAAAAGUAUUGGUGUGUCCAACUUCAGCAUCCUGCAGCUGGAGAGACUUCUUGCCCUGUGCAGGGUGCCUCCUGCUGUCAACCAGGUGGAGCUCCACCCUUACCUGGUGCAGACAGAAAUGAUAGAGUUCUGUAAAUCCAGGAACAUUGCCUUGACUGCCUUCAGCCCCUUUGGCUCACCUGCGAGACCCCCAGAAGAAAUCAUAGGAGACGCUGAUCCACAUAAGCUCUUGGAGGAUCCUGUCAUAGCAGAAAUAGGCAAAAAGCACAGACGUAGCCCGGCUCAGGUGUUGUUGAGGUACCACGUGCAGCAAGGUAUUUCAGUCAUCCCAAAGAGUGAUCGGCCUCAUCACAUCCUUCAGAACACAAAGAUUUUUGAUUUCCAUCUGACUGAAGAGGACAUGGCAGCGCUGAGAGGACUGGACCGAGGGUGGAGGUCUGGCAUAAUGGAAGAAAUCAAGUCUCAUCCAUACUAUCCCUUUGAAUGAAGCAUCCUUGACUUGAUCAUCUCAUCAACAAUAACAAUCAUCAGUAUUAAGGCCAGCUUCUGAGGUCUGCCCACAGUAUCCCACAUUCUACUUGAUCAGUGAUGUGUUUACCUUCAGUAAAGGAGGGGUGAUUGGAACAGUCCCAGUUUCCAAUGGGAUCGUAAUAAAUGUGACUAAUGAAAAAAGAUGUGAAGUUCUUAAAAUGUGCACUUUUUCCUACAAUGGAUAAAUCAACGUGUCUAAAUAACAGUUCUAUUUUAUUAUGCCACACUUUCUGUACAAUUAUUAAUGAACAUGAGACUGAUACAUGAUGAAAAUAAACUAUCAAUGAGUUAAGAUAGCAAGAGUAGGAAGUAACUAAUCACAUUUUUACAAAUAACUUCACUCAUGCUAACAUAAUUCAGUUUAUUUUUUGUGCAUAUACUUUUUUGAGCAGUGUUUACAUUAGUAGUUUUACUAUUAUGAGAGUAAAUUUGGGAAAGAACUUCACUUUAUUUCACAAAGCAUCUGUCACUGUACUGGUGGGCUCAGAGGGGGUGCCCUGAUGUACAAAAAAGUGCUCUUUGGAUCAUUUUGGUACUUAAAACUUUGUCAAGUGCCCUCUAGUGUGCCCUCUCAGUGGACAAAAUAUGAUAAAGUGCCAUUUUGGGUCUACUUCUAGUGGACAAAACUUGGUUGACUGUCCUUAGUGUGCCCUGUUACUGGAAAUUAAGUGACACAGCGCCCUCUAAGAGUGUCCUUCAAGUGGACAAAAUGCUGUAAAUUCCCUUCCAGGGUGCCCUACCAUUGAGGUUUAAGUGACAAAGUGCCCUAUUAGGUGCUCUUCGAAUAGGUCACAUCUGAUAAACUGUCCUCUAGGGCAGUGGUUCCCAACCUUUUUUCCUCUACAGUCCUCCUAUUUAUAUUCAAGAACUGAGCUUCCACAGGACCCACACCAAUGAAAACAGUUACAUUUAUGUCAAAAUCAACAUCAGUUUUAUUUGCUUUAAGGGGAAUUGCUAAAAUCGGUCUAAUUAGUUUCUCAUCAAACAGUCUUCGCAUCAACUUUCUGUGACCUCAGCAGUCAGCCAAAAAAAAAUGUUAGGAAAAAGUAGAGUCUCCCCAUAGAAGAAUAUCAGGCAGUAAACAAGUAAACUGGAAGUAUCAGUCUUCAUUUUUCAUUUGUCAUCACAUUUGUUUGAGUAGAUGUUGUCAGUCCACCAAAAUAGUGCUUUCCUUAUAUCUGUCCUCCGUCUAUGAUCUGCCACAACAAAACAUAGUUUUGCCAACUUUAUACCAUCAUUUGUUUAAAUGAUAAUGUGAAUAUUGUGAUAUUUUGGUAUAAACGUACAGUACUGUGCAGAGGUUUUAGGCAUGUUUGGGCCAAAAUCUGAGGCUGAAGUAAGGCGUGCAAUGGCGAGUACUCUCACCUGAGGGCCCCAU